GCAGGGGGCGGGGUCGCGCCUCCUCCGCGAUUCUGGUUCCAGCGGAGCCUCAUGGACGCGGAGAUGGAAAUCCCGAGGCUGCUCCCGGCUCGCGGGUCGCGACAGGGCGGCGGCGCUGGCAGCCCCGGGGGCGGCGGCCGGAUCCACGGAGGUCCUGACCCGCGGGCCGGCCAGGCCCCCGCGCGCCGCCUCCUGCUGCUCCGGGGCCCCCAAGAUGGCGGGCCCGGGCGGCAGCGUGAGGUGGCCCGCGCGGCCUCCCCGGGCCCGGGCCCUAGCCCGUUGGUGCCGAGGCCCGAUCACGCUGGCGGCGGCGGCGGCGGCGGCGGCGGCGGCGGCGACGAUGGCGAUGACUUCUUCCUGGUGCUGCUGGACCCGGUGGGUGGAGACGUAGAUUCCACGGGCGCCAGCCAGGCCGCAGGGCCCCUAUGGAGGGAGGAGGCUGGGCUGGGCCCACGGUUCCAUGGGCACGAAAGCGGCGCGAACCCCGAGGGCCGCCCUGCGCUGGGCCCCAGCUCCCUGUCCGCUAUCCGCGCCCCAGUCCCGGCCCUGGCCCCGAUUCCCGCCCCAGUCCUGGGCCCCGCCGCGGCCUUCGCGGGCACCGUCACCAUUCACAAACAAAACCUGCUGUUGCACUUCGAGAACGGCUUCCUCACCCUGGCCACGCCCCCGCCGCCAGCCUGGGCGCCUGGGGUCGCCCCUGCCCCGCAGCCCGGGGGUCUGAUCGCCCCGCAAGCGGGGAUCCCGCACGCCGCGCAGCCUGGGGACUGUCCCGAGCUGCUGCCCGACCUCCUGCUGGCCGAGCGGGCCGAACCCGCGCCCGCCCCAGCGCCCGAGGAGGAGGCGGAGGGCCCGGUUGCUGCUGAGAGUCCCCGCGGGCCGCUAGGCCCGGGCCAGGGCGUGGUGCUGUACCUGUGUCCUGAGGCGCAGUGCGGACAAACCUUUGCCAAGAAGCACCAACUGAAGGUGCACCUGCUGACGCACAGCAGCAGCCAGGGCCAGCGGCCCUUCAAGUGCCCCCUGGGCGGUUGCGGCUGGACCUUCACCACCUCGUACAAGCUCAAGAGGCACCUGCAGUCACACGACAAACUGAGGCCCUUUGGCUGCCCGGCAGAGGGCUGUGGCAAGAGCUUCACCACGGUGUAUAACCUCAAAGCACACAUGAAGGGCCAUGAGCAGGAGAACUCAUUCAAAUGCGAGGUGUGUGAGGAGACCUUCCCCACGCAGGCCAAACUCAGCGCCCACCAGCGCAGCCACUUCGAGCCUGAGAGACCCUACCAGUGCGCAUUUUCGGGCUGCAAGAAGACGUUUAUCACAGUGAGUGCCCUGUUUUCCCAUAACCGCGCCCACUUCAGGGAACAGGAACUCUUUUCCUGCUCCUUUCCUGGCUGCAGCAAACAGUACGACAAGGCUUGUAGGUUGAAAAUUCACCUUCGGAGCCACACUGGUGAGAGACCUUUCCUUUGUGACUUUGAGGGCUGUGGCUGGAACUUCACCAGCAUGUCCAAACUCCUUAGGCACAAAAGGAAGCACGACGAUGACCGGAGGUUCAUGUGUCCUGUAGAAGGCUGUGGGAAAUCUUUCACGAGGGCCGAACAUCUGAAAGGCCACAGCAUAACCCACCUGGGCACAAAGCCUUUUGUGUGCCCCGUGGAAGGCUGCUGUGCCAGGUUCUCUGCUCGCAGUAGUCUCUACAUUCACUCCAAGAAACACUUGCAGGAUGUGGACACUUGGAAAAGCCGAUGCCCAGUCUCCACUUGUAAUAAACUCUUCACAUCCAAGCACAGCAUGAAGACCCACAUGGCCAAAAGGCACAACCUGCGCCAGGAUCUCUUAGCUCAGCUAGGAGCUGCAAAUUCUCUUACGCCCAGCAGUGAACUUACCAGCCAGGGGCAGAAUGACCUCAGUGAUGCAGAGCUUGUGUCUCUCUUCUCUGAUGUGCCCAGUAAUAGUUCUGCUGCAGUAUUGGACACCGCAUUGGUGAACUCUGGGAUCUUGACUAUUGAUGUGGCUUCUGUGAACUCAACUCUGGCAGGGAACCUCCCUGUUAAUAAUAAUUCCUUAGGGCAGGCGGUGGACCCUCAGACCUUGAUGGCCACCAGUGACCUUCCUCAAAGUCUGGAUACCUCACUCUUCUUUGGAACGACAGCCGCUGGUUUUCAGCAGAGUCCCUUAGAUACAGAUGAUGUCUCAAGUGUAAGUGCGGGGCCGUUGGGAUCUCUGAGCUCUUUGGCUGUGAAAACCUCGAGUCAAGAGCCCCAAGCUUUGACCCCCAGCAGUAAGCUAACAGUAGACACAGAUGCUCUGACUCCUUCAAGCACCCUUUGUGAAAACAAUGUCUCGGAACUACUGCCGCCAACCAAAACGGAAUGGAACGUACAUCCUGACUCUGACUUCUUUGGACAGGAGGAAGAAACCCAGUUUGCAUUCUCCAAUCCUGCAGGAAACCAUGGGUCUCAGAAAGAAACAGAUCUUAUCACAGUGACUGGCAGCUCAUUUUUGGUAUGAACUAAACUCUAUUCAUUCCUUGCCACAUGGCUUACUUUUAUUGAUGACACUCAAUUUUAAGAGUAUUCUGGACUAAAUGUUUAAAUGCAGUCAUUUCUUAUAGGUUUGAAAAAGAACAGAGCCCUGGGCUACAAGUUUGGAGGUUUAAAUUCUGAUCUUGAGUCUGGAACUGACAGGUUGUGUGACCCUGAGCAAGUCACUUAUCCUAUCUGAGCCUUAAUUUCCUUAUUUAUAAAAUGAGGUAGUUUGAAUAGAUUGUUUCUAAGGUCUUUUCAACUGUAUGAUUCCUUGAUAAUAUGCUUCUUUCCUUGAAAAAAAUUAGGACAUUUUUCAGUGAUGUUGCAUGUGCUUUUCUUCAAACAUGCAUAAACUACACAUAAUAGUAGAAUGAACAUUCAUGUAUAUGACACCCAACUUCAGCUAUUGUCAAUUCAUGUACAUUUUUGUUUAUAUAAUCUCCAUUCUCACCCUCUCCCAGUAUUAUUUUGAAAUAAAUACCAGAUAUCACAUCAUUUCAACCAUAAAUAUGCAGUAUAUGUUUCUAUAAAGCAUGGGCUCUUUUGGAAAAAUCUUCAGUUCCAUUAUCAUACUUAAAGUUAACAGUAGUUCUUUGAUACUGUCAGGGUUCCAACUUUUAAUUGUCUCAUAAAUGCUAUUUGUUUUAAUAUUUUUAACAAUUAGAAUCCCAGUAAGCCUCUUAACUGUCUUUUUAAUCUGUAUGUUACCCUGUUGUCUUUUUUCUUGCAAUUUUAUUCAUUGAAGAAAGGAAGUUGUUUCACAUGUAGCAUUUGCCACAGUCUUAAGUUUUGAUAAUUACAUCCCUGUGGUGUUAAGUUCCCCUACCCUCUGUUUCCUUAAUUUGGUAGUUGGAUCUAGAGACUUGAUCAGAAUGGAAAUAUGAUUUUGGGGAUAGGAAUGUUUCAUAUGUCGUGUUGUGUUCUUUUAGCAGGUGGCACAUAAUGUCUGGUUUUCUCUCUUGUGAUAUUUGCAGCUGCUGGUGAUUGGUGCAUUAAUUCAUGAUUACCUGUGCUUCUGAUAUCAUGAAUUGUUCUUGUAGAGUUACUAUUAAUGGAGGAAGAAAUGCUGUUGAAGGCAUGUAUAAAAGUUUGUUAGAAAUAUUAUUCAAUGCCAAAAUAGUUUCUUAAAGGUAGAACUAACAAGAAAAGAAAAAAGUAGCAAAAAAUGUUUUGACUCUGCUCCCCAUUUAUCUUCCACACCUCUUUUAAUGAUGGGAGGCUUUGCUGUUGUAGAAAUUGUCAGCCAGGACUUUGACAUGAAACAGACCCAUGGUCAAAUUCAUGUUGGAUAAGUGGCCUUGAAUAAAUUAAUUUCACUAAGCCUCAGUUUCUUAGCUGUCAAAGGAUCAUAGCAAUGCACACACAUAGCUAACACACCUGAGACUUUUAAUCUUUUCCAGUUUUUAAUAUGUAAAGAAAAAUACUAUGUGCUUUGACAUAUUUUGAUGAAUUUAUGUAAUCCUUUUACCAUCUCAAUCCUUCCUACUGUAAAGAAGAAAUUGGGAUAAUUUAAUCCUGUUCAUGUCCAGACAAGGUUUGUGAGAGUUAGGGUGUAGCAAGAUAGGGAAUCUCUUUAUUCCCUCCACUGAAUUAUUUCCCCCCAGGAAUUUCUGUGGCUAAUGCCAGGAGUGGAAAUAUUGCUCACAGGUAUAUCUGCAUCCCUGUUCAUUAGACCAAUUUGUCACCAUCUUUGCUCUGAUUCCAGAGUUAGACUUUGCUGUAACUGCAGAGUCUGCUGUUGCAAGAAACUGAUAAUGGAGUAGAGAAGGUUUCCUACUCUCUGUGGUCUGGAGAGCUCAUUGUUUGCAUUUUCCCAGAGUUGGAAGGAAAGAUUGAAGCUGAAUAUUGUGUGAAAUGUCUGUCUUAUAUGAGUGUAGCAUUUUGAAUUUUGUGGAACAUCUUCACAACUGUUGUUCAGAGCAACCCUAUGUGGUAGUUUUGGCAAAGUUUGUUCUGUGGCUCAUGGCAUUUUAGCAAAUGCACAUUCUAAAUGGACUUUGGCUAGUGACUGACAGUUCUAUAUAUAUCAAUAACUUAAAACAAAGAAGAUAAAUUAUUUUCACCUCUCACUUCCCACCCAUCCAACUUUCAUGAUUUAUCCCUGUGUCAUAACUAGCUGCUGUUUUCCACUUUAAUUGGUUUCUGUUACUUUCUGUUUACUUUCUCCCCAGUCCACUCCCAUGUAUGUGCAUUCCAGCCCUUACCAUGCCUUACUUUUUAUUUUUUAAUGGAUAGAUCUCUUCCUGCUACUAUUCCUCAGAUCUCCUCAUAGCCCAUUUUCUUCCAAUGAUAACAUUUGCUGAGUGUACACUGCAGUUGUGUGUAUAGUAAGAAGUUAUUUUCUGAGCUUAGAUAAUACUGUGUGUAUAUAUGACUCAGAUGGCAAAAGACAUUAUUUUCUAUAUUGUUCAGAUGAGAAGUAGAUUUCUGUUUUAUUAUUUCCAUUUUUUAAGAGUUUUUGCCAAGGAGUUCAGCUAAAACUCGUGUUUGCUGUAGUGUACUAGCCCAGUAGUGUUUGCAUGUGAAUGCCUAUGGAUGACAGUUAUUGUAGCUCUUUGGCAGUGCACUAAAAACUUGUCACUUUGAAAUGUUUAUGUACUGUGUGUAUGGGGGUAUACACACACAUACACACACAUAUAUUUUUAAAGUGGUUUUAUUCAUUUAGUGAUAAAAACUAGGCAUACUUUUGUAAAUCAGAGAAAUGCUCAGAAUUUCAUUGUGUCUACACAUUCAAUUGUUUUCUGUCUUUGCUUUGGAAAUAUUUGUAUUCAUAAAGCACAUUUCAAAAAUAUUGUCACUCAUUAAGGCCUCUUAGAUUGAGCACUGUUUUUCAUGUCUGGCAGUUAACGUGCGUCGAGGACUGAAAUGAACACACAAGUAGCGAACAUCAAAUAAAUUACUUAAACAUGAAGAGAAUUUAUACUGUGACUUCUUUCUUGAAUUCUUUAAACCAGCUUCCGUCCAAUAAAAAAUCAUUAACUAUAUUUUUUUCUACUCAUUGCUUGAAUUUUCAAAGGACAAAUGUUACUUAUCUCAUGGAUUCACAGGAUUUCAUUGAACAAAUUUGUUCAAAUUAUUCCUCUUUCAACUCCAUUUUCCAGAAAAAUGGUGAAACUUUUUAUACUUUCAAGGUACGAAGUUAAACUUCUGUUGAUGGUGGUUUAAAAUUGCCAUCACUCCUUUUGAAUAAUUGUACAUGUUUUAAUUUAAUCCUAUUUCCUUUCUGCUUCUCCUCAGUCGUUGGUUUAUUUAAAAAUCUUGCCAAUUGGAAGCAUAAUAACACGAAGGCUUAAAAAGAAGUUUCUUUCCGGAUACUCUGUUGACCAUGUUGAUCAUAAGUUCAAAAUAUAUUGGCCUUGGCAUUUUUACCAAGUAGUAUAAUUAAUAUAAAUCAAUACUGAGUAGCAGGAGUUAAUUAUGGGUAGAUUAUUAAGUUUAUUUUUCUCUUUAUGUUCUUAUCCAGGAGACAUAUGAGAAGGCAGGCAGGAGCAGGCAGGAAUAGAAUCGUCAAAGUCCAAUAUCCCUGGAGAUCUGUGUGAAAUUGGCUUUUGGCUCCUUAGCCAGAGUCACUUCUGUCACUAGAGAAAAUUGUGAGGCAAGUGGUGGCAUAAAAACCUAGUCAUGAGAACCCCUAUUAUAGUCUCUCCAUUUUAUAAUUCCCCUGUCCACUAAAAGAGAUAACCCUAGAAGGAGUGGAAGAAAAAAAAGUGAAAAAUUAAAGAAGGAGCAUGAAUAACUCUCCAGGAAUUAUGCUGUAUUUAAUGGUAAAUUUGAUAGAAAUCCUACAUUGUCAACUAAAAUAAUUUUUCAUUCUUAUUAAUUGCUGACAUUUAAAAAUAUAUAAAACCCUUAAUUGUCAAUUUUUCUAAAGAAAACAUCCUAACAGUAUUUUAAAAGGAAGCAUACAGUGAUCUAAUAGCACCAACAAUCUCUGAGUCCCUUAAUACCAUCCUUUAUACUUAUUUACCAAGGUACCAAUCAGCCGUUAUGUACUGAGCAUGUAAUCUGUGAAGCAGUCUCAGGUAUUACACCUAGGUAUACUUCAUUAAUCCAUUAACCGGUGUUUUACCUCUUAUGUACCACUUAUGUGACAGGUAUUGUCCUUAUGUUCAAAGACAUCAUCUAGAUGGGAAACUAUUAAAACCAAAGUAUUGCAGAAUUCUAAGAGGUACUUUAUAGAUUUUUCUAGAGUAAAAGUUAUUUUCUGUGAGUGGACAUAAUUUUGAUAAGGGUAAAUCAAUUUACAGAAUAUCAUCAAAUAUUUAUUUCAUUAUAAUAUUUCAUUUAAUGUAUGAACAUUAGAACAAAAUUAUUCUAAACUAUAAUUUUGACAGGUAUCUUAGAUUUGAUAAAGUAUAGCAAAAAAUAUGAAAAUCAAGUAUGAAGUAGGCUUUAUUUUGAUUCAUUUCUAGAUUACAGUCUUUGAUUUGAGAUGUGUAGAAGUGAUUCUAGAGAUUUUAUACUUUGUCAUUUUAUCAAUGAGAAAAAAUAUUAAAGCCUACGCUUUUUGUAUGUGAAAUUUAUUUUCCUAUUAUACGACAUAAUCGCAAAAUUUACUUUCUCCUAUAGAUACACUAGCUGGAACGAAGGAUAUGGUAAUUAAUUUCAUGCAACAUAUGAGGCUGAGAGUUAGACUUUAACAUGAAGGAACCUAAAAGUUCAUCAAUGCUCUGGAUUGGGGGUGGAAGUGUCCAAGUAAACAAGCAAGCAUGCAGUUUGAUCUCUAGGUAAGAGACAGCAGCUUAACACUUUCUGUUACAGAAUAGCAAAAUAAAACUUUCUUAUGAUAAUCAAUUUUGUGUCUAAGACGUAGAAAAACCAGGAAAGUUAACAAAAAAAACAAGGUUUCAGAUAUUCUGCUUAUAGCAUAAUUGUAAAAGAAUGCCAUUUAUUUUAAACAGAAUUAACCUCCCUCUUCUGUUAACAAUGUGGAGUGGGAAGUUACCUUCAGGGUGAGAUUUGGUUCACAUGACAGAAGGAAACUGGCCACCUGUCUGCUUGGAAAUUGGCCAGAACAGAGAACCCUGGAACCCUGGAAAGUCCAGUGAAUGUAGCAGCAGCAGUUCAUCCCAGGCUGGUUCCAACUUUAGUGAUGCCACACCGAGUCCUUUACUGUCAAAAGUACCUGCAUCAGUUAGGUGACACGUACUACAGUCAAACCUUAACACUUGCUACUUCUAACAAGAUUUAGCAUUUUCCCCUUAAAUUCACAUAUUUUGUGGCUUCCUGGCACUAGUUAUUAAUUAUUUAGUUAUAACUUUAACAAUGAUUCAAUCAGAAUCAUAAUUGUUAAAAUUAUGUUAAAUUUUAACAAGCCUCAUAAUUGUUAAAAAGCAAGUGUCAAUAUUUAGUAUUUUAUCUCCAUUUAAAAAUUGUUUUGACUAAAUUAGUUUUUUCACACAGGGCAUGUUUUCCAACAUUAUUUGAGUAUGUCUCAACCAUCUUUGUAUGUUGGCAGCAAUAAAACUUAGAGAUCUGUUAGGAUAAAUAUUUAGAAUUAUGGCUGCUUUGAAAAUGGAAAAAGUUAGGCUGGCUUCCUCGCUUUCAUAGAUCAGUGAUAGAGCUCUUGGAAAAGUUGAGGAGUAAGACAGUAAGUAAUCUUGUAGCUAAGAUCAACAUCAUAGGGAAAAAAAGCUAUUUGAGUCUAUCAUUUAAAAUUAUCCAUUUAUAUUUAUCAAGUUUUCUGCUGAAUAUAAUCUUACAUGUUUUAUGAACAUAUAGAAGCCUAUUUUUUAAAACUCCAUCUAAAACAUUGUCAUUAAUUUAGACUUAAAAAAAUUGACUAACUAGUAUUUUAUUUUUAUGAAGGGCAUUUUAUAGAACUUAAAACAUAGGAAUCCAAAUACAAAAUAUACACAGUCCUUAAAUAUAAUAAUACUUCAUAAUAUUUAUUUGGAAGACGUUUCUGACUAUGAUUCAUAAUAUAUUCUGUUGCAACCACAACAAAAAUAUUUCAUAAAGGUGAAAUAUAACAUGGGUUUGCAGCUAACAUUGAACUAACUUUCCAUACCAUAAUAAUGGUAGUAAUAAAGAGCAUUGAAAUUUACUUGCAAAGGUUGAAAAAUAUGAUACAUUAUGGUUAGAAAAAAAACGAAAGAACAUUUUUACAAUUGAGUCACGUGUUUUUUACUUUCUUAAAAGUCUUUGAUCAACAAUGCCUGGAUAGAUAUUUCAGCCACACUUUUUUUUUUUAACAUCUUUAUUGGGGUAUAAUUGCUUUACAAUGGUGUGUUAGUUUCUGCUUUAUAACAAAGUGAAUCAGUUAUACAUAUACAUAUGUUCCCAUAUCUCUUCCCUCUUGUGUCUCCCUCCCUCCCACCCUCCCUAUCCCACCCCUCCAGGUGGUCACAAAACACCGAGCUGAUCUCCCUCAGCCACACUUUUUGUACAAUACUAUUUUCUGUAUUUUCCAGUUACAGAUAACAAUAUAAAGCCAUAAAAUAGACAGUAGUACAGAAUUUAAUGAUUGUCUCUUUAAUACUAGUUGCAUAAAGAAUCAUCCAGAAUACAAAGCAACCAAUGAAGAGAGCAGUUUCCUUAAUUUAGACCCUCAUAUGAAAUGCCAAAAUAUAGUCAAAUUAGAUGUUUAUUAUUUUACUUGACAUUCUUAGUAGAUGGUGCUUUCCACAAGAAAUACUAUGUAAAGGAGUUCUUUUCCCCUUACAAUGGCUAUUUGAACCAGAUCCUUUUACUUAUUUGGAGUUUGUUGAUUAUUCUUUUCAGUAUACUGCCUAUAUGUAAACAUUUUUGAAACUAUAUGUUUUUAUUAUUUCUUGUUCUAUUUUAUUUCAAGCAACCACAUAGCAUUUCAUAUAUUUUUUCAUUUAUAGGAUGUAUAUUUAAAUAUGUUUAUUGAAGUAUAACAUGUGCAGAAAAGCACCCAAAUAUGAAUGUAUAGCUUGAUGAAUUUUCACAAACAUGAAAAAAAGAACUAUGUAAACACCACCAUGCUCAAGAAACAGAAUCCUACCAGCUCCUCAGCCAAGCCUCUUAGAUCCUCUCCCUUUCAAAGUUCCCACUUUUCCCCAAUGAUAACCACUAUAUUAUACAUAUAGUUGUUCUGAUAUUAUAGAUUACUAAUAUUCUUCUAAUAUUCUAAUAUUAUAGAUUCUUCUAAUAUUAUAGAUUAUUUGCCUAUUUUAUAAAUUUAUAUAAAUUGAACUAUAUAGUAAAUAUUAUUCUGUGCCUGAAUUCAUUUGCUCAACAUUAUGUUUGUGAGAUUCAUUCGUGUUAUUCAGUGUAGCAGUUCAUUUUAUUUUCUAUAUAGAAUCACAUGCUAUGCAUCCAAAAGUUGAUGGGCAUUUGGAUUGUUUCUAAUUUUGGCUACUUCAAAUAAUGCUAUUCUUGUGUAUAUAUUUCAGUGCACUUGCAUAUAGAUUUCUGUUAGUUAAAUACGUAGGAGUAGAAUGGUAAGAUCAUAUGAUAGCAUGUGUUUAAAAUUCAUUAGUUUCCCAAAAUAGUUCAUAAACAUAGUGUGUAAGAGUUCCAGUUGCUUCAUUCCUUGACAACCACUGGUAUUUUCAACUUAAAAAAAACAUUAGCCAUUCUGAUUGGUUGUCUAGUAGUACUUCAUUUUGUUCUUAAAUUUGCAUCUCUCUGAUGACUAAUGAGCUUGAAAUAUUUUAUUGGAUAUUUGGACAUCUUCUUUUGAAAGUACCUGUUCCAGUCUUGUGCUUAUUUAAGUGAGUGUUUUGUCUUUUUUUCUUACUGAUUUUUAGGAGUUCUUUAUAUGUUCAAGACAAAAGCACUUAUUGGUUGAAUAUAUGGCAAAGAUAUUAUCCUUCUCUUUUCCGUCUUGUAAAUAAUGUCUUUAGAUGAAGAGAAGUUUUAAUUUUAAUGUAGUCCAGUUUUACAGUGUUUUGCUUUGUGCUUUUUGUCCUUAAUAACACUGUUGCAUACCGCAAGAUUAUGAAGAUAUUCUAUGUUACUACUUUCUAGAAACUUUUUUUUCUUAUCACAUUUAUAUCCAUAAUCUACCUGGAAUUAAUUUUUGCAAAUGGCCUAAGGUAAGCUGCAACAAUAUUCAGUUUUUCUCCAUUUGGAUAUCCAGUUUACUCUGACUCAUUUAUUAAAAACACUACCCUGUCAUCACUGUUCUGCAGUGCCCAUUUUGUCGCAUAUAUUGUGUCUAUAAAUGUUUGAGUCUGUUUCUGUG